GCGCGAAGUGCGACGGGCUGUGGGAAAAGCAAUCCCGAACCCGCCAAGAGCUGGCGAAGCUGAUCCCGCGAUGGCAUUUUGUUUUGAACAGUUGCUGGGGUUGACGUUUCCUCAUAAGGUCACUUUCAUGAAUUCAAAGGCAACUUACCAGUGAAUUCUGGGUGCUGGGGCUGAAUUUUUUUGUGCGUAUUUAAUUCAUACAACUGGAUGAGGAAUGCAAGGUAUUAAAUAGGGGGAUAACUUGAUCGUCCUUGACCCCAGAAUAAGAAGAAUGUCUUCCAAGCAAGCCACCUCUCCAUUUUCCUGUGCAGCUGAUGGAGAGGAAGCUAUGACCCAAGAUUUGACCUCAAGGGAAAAGGAAGAGGGAAGUGAUCAACAUGUGGCCUCCCAUCUGCCUCUGCACCCCAUAAUGCACAACAAACCUCACUCCGAGGAGCUACCAACACUUGUCAAUACCAUUCAGCAAGAUGCUGACUGGGACAGUGUGCUGUCGUCUCAGCAAAGAAUGGAGUCAGAGAAUAAUAAGUUAUGUUCCCUAUAUUCCUUCCGAAAUACCUCUACCUCACCACAUAAGCCUGACGAAGGGAGUCGGGAUCGUGAGAUAAUGACCAGUGUUACUUUUGGAACCCCAGAACGCCGCAAAGGGAGCCUUGCCGAUGUGGUGGACACACUGAAACAGAAGAAGCUUGAGGAAAUGACUCGCACAGAACAAGAGGAUUCCUCCUGCAUGGAAAAACUACUUUCAAAAGAUUGGAAGGAAAAAAUGGAAAGACUAAAUACCAGUGAACUUCUUGGAGAAAUUAAAGGUACACCUGAGAGCCUGGCAGAGAAAGAACGGCAACUCUCUACCAUGAUUACCCAGCUGAUCAGUUUACGGGAGCAGCUCCUGGCAGCGCAUGAUGAACAGAAAAAGCUGGCAGCCUCACAAAUUGAGAAACAACGGCAGCAAAUGGACCUUGCUCGCCAACAGCAAGAACAGAUUGCAAGACAACAGCAGCAACUUCUGCAACAGCAGCACAAAAUCAAUCUCCUACAGCAACAGAUCCAGCAGGUUCAGGGUCACAUGCCUCCGCUCAUGAUCCCAAUUUUUCCACAUGACCAGCGGACCCUGGCAGCAGCCGCUGCUGCCCAACAGGGAUUCCUCUUCCCUCCUGGAAUAACAUACAAACCAGGUGAUAACUACCCUGUACAGUUCAUUCCAUCAACAAUGGCAGCUGCGGCUGCUUCUGGACUCAGCCCUUUACAGCUCCAGCAGCUCUAUGCCGCUCAGCUGGCCAGCAUGCAGGUGUCACCUGGAGCAAAGAUGCCAUCAACUCCACAGCCACCAAACACAGCAGGGGCAGUCUCACCUACCGGGAUAAAAAAUGAAAAGAGGGGGACCAGCCCUGUAACUCAAGUUAAGGAUGAAGCAGCAGCACAACCGCUGAAUCUCUCUUCCCGACCCAAGACAGCUGAGCCUGUAAAGUCCCCGACAUCUCCCACCCAGAGCCUCUUCCCAGCUAGCAAAACCAGCCCUGUCAACCUGCCCAACAAAAGCAGCAUCCCCAGCCCCAUUGGAGGAAGCCUGGGAAGAGGAUCCUCUUUAGAUAUCCUGUCCAGUCUGAACUCCCCUGCAUUAUUUGGGGAUCAAGAUACAGUGAUGAAAGCCAUUCAGGAGGCUCGAAAGAUGCGAGAACAGAUCCAGAGGGAGCAACAACAGCAACAGCCACAUGGUGUUGAUGGCAAACUGUCCUCCAUGAAUAACAUGGGACUGAACAACUGCAGGAAUGAAAAGGAAAGAACACGCUUUGAGAAUUUGGGGUCCCAGUUAACAGGAAAGUCGGGUGAAGAUGGAAAGCUGGGCCCAGGUGUCAUCGAUCUUACUCGGCCGGAAGACGCAGAGGGAAGUAAAGCAAUGAAUGGCUCUGCAGCUAAACUACAGCAGUAUUAUUGUUGGCCAACAGGAGGUGCCACUGUGGCUGAAGCACGUGUCUACAGGGAUGCCCGGGGCCGGGCCAGCAGCGAACCACACAUCAAGCGACCAAUGAAUGCUUUCAUGGUUUGGGCAAAGGACGAGAGGAGGAAAAUCCUUCAAGCCUUCCCCGACAUGCAUAACUCCAACAUUAGCAAAAUCUUAGGGUCUCGCUGGAAAUCUAUGUCUAACCAAGAAAAGCAACCUUACUAUGAAGAGCAGGCCCGGUUAAGCAAGAUCCACUUAGAGAAGUACCCCAACUAUAAAUACAAACCUCGACCGAAACGAACCUGCAUUGUUGAUGGCAAAAAGCUCCGUAUCGGAGAAUACAAACAAUUGAUGAGGUCUCGGAGACAGGAGAUGAGGCAGUUCUUUACUGUGGGGCAACAGCCUCAGAUUCCAAUCACCACAGGAACAGGUGUUGUGUAUCCUGGUGCUAUUACUAUGGCAACUCCCACACCAUCACCUCAGAUGACAUCUGACUGCUCGAGCACCUCUGCCAGCCCAGAGCCCAGCCUCCCAGUCAUCCAGAGCACUUAUGGUAUGAAGACAGACGGUGGAAGCCUCGCUGGAAAUGAGAUGAUUAAUGGAGAGGAUGAAAUGGAAAUGUAUGACGACUAUGAAGAUGAUCCCAAAUCAGACUAUAGCAGCGAAAAUGAAGCCCAGGAGGCUGUCAGUGCCAACUGACAGAGUGCUUGUUUGCGCAAUUAAAAUACUCUGACAUUUCACCUCCCCCCCUCCCCAAACAAAAAAGUUCUUAAAGAGCCCGCAUGCAUUUGUGGCUCCACAAUUACAUCAGCAGAAUGGUCUUAAUUGUUUCGUAAAGUGUGAGACAGAUUAAGUUUCCCCUGAUUUUUCAUGAACUUGAGUUUUUGUCGUUACUGUUAUUGUUGUUGUUGUUGUUUUUUUAAUUUAGGUGAAGACAUAUUAAAUAUGAGACACCAGGACUUGAAAAACUUAUCUCAACCCAUAGCUGUCUUACAAGUCUUAUAUUUUUGUCUUACUUUUAAUUUUUUUUUCUUUUGGAUGUUGAUAAAGGUUUAAGUUACUGUUUUAGAUGGGGUUAAACAUUCUCACUCAGGUAUGCUGUGCCGGCCUACAGGUUGUGAAUGUGUUUUUAUUCUGAAUUACUUUAGACAACAACUGAGGAUUUCAUAUUGUGAAACAGAACAAGUCCACGGCGUGUGCAGCUGCAUGUAGAGCAUAUUCAAAAGGCCUCGGAAUUCCAUUUUUCCUCCAUGUGUAGAGUUAUAACUUUGAAUGUGCCAAACUUUUUCAUAACUUUUGAAUCUUAAUAUUUUGAAAGUCUUAAAGGAGACACUGCAAAGUCUUAGACAAUCUUGGCAUCUUAAAAAUCAAAUAGCAAACCACACAUUUUUUUUUCCAGAACAUGGUAAAGUACUCAGGAAUCUGGAGACAAGAUAUUCUAAGGAAUGAACAAGGUUGCCACAGUGCAUGUACCCAACAUGUUUGCCUCUAGACGUGCCAUCAUCCUGGGGCGGGCUAUCAUGUCCGCACACCAGAGGGUCACCACACCAGACACCGACAGGGUGGUCUUCUCUGCCGGAGACCCCCCUCUCACUACAUCCAUGAUCCCUUUGCCUUUUACCCUGACAUUCAGUCUUAACACAUUUUUCUCUUAAGUAAUUUAUUCAUUCCAGAAUGUCAAGGGUCCACUUACUAUUUAUUUUUUAAAAAAUUGUUAGUGGCAUUAAUUUAAUCAUUCUUGUUUUCAACCUUCCUCCCCACCCUCCUUCCCUAUGCAAGAACUUUGCUGUUCCUUUCACCUCCUUCUCCUGCUCAAUACAAAAAAAAAAAAGAAUGUACAUAGUGAUUUUAUGUCCCCAGAGUAUCUGGAAGCAUUUCUGAAACUAUUAAAUAUCUCUUUAUCAUUUUAAAACAUGAGUGUAUAUCUGGUGGCAGGGCUGUGUAGGGAAACAGGUGUAGGGUCUUACACUCCGGUAGGUCUGCCCUUCCCCCCUCUCCUCCCCCCCAACAUACAACAGACUGCUUCUCUGUAACCUUGAAUCUCUUGCCAGAAUGUUUUCCUAAUUGAGUUCAGCAAUGAGUCGAGUCUAGGCUCUGCAUUAGCAGUAUCUCCCCAGCAAGGGUCAGCAGUGGCAUCUGUGGGAGAGGAGAAUCCCAGGGCCAUACCUGAAGCCCCAAGCUGCCUGCAGAGAGGCUCUCAUGGUCUGGCACCUUUGCACGGAGUCACCUUGUCCCAACUGGCACAUGUUGGGAGUUCUUUGCAAAAUCCCCCAGGAUGCAAGAAGCCAUGGGACAACCUCACAGCAAAGCUUUAAAGGCAAAUAGUCAUAACAUAGCCAGAAAAGGGAAGAAAACCAUCAAGGAGAAGGAGGGGAAAUGCAUGUGCAAUGUUCCACUAUGGGCUCUGGGGAACAGAUCCCUCCUGGGGCAACAGACAAGUGUUGCUGCUUCCACCCAUAGAGGGGGGCAUGCCUAUGUGUGUACAAGGUUAACUGCACUGUCACCUAGGAUUUCUCUGGAAAUUUGCUGUUGGGCUUAGAAGCAGUGAGGUUUUAUUCCCCAUGUCCCAACUCUAGGGAAUUUAGCCAUGCCAUUUUUUGGUCUUCCUGAAACCAGGGCUGUUUACCUAUGGAGGCAUCAUCCAGAGUGAAUCAACAGGAAAAUGUCAGUCAACAAGACAAUUCACCUCAUGGGACAACCCAGAAUCUGAUAACCAGGAUAUAGCAAUGCCGCCCCCCCACUCAGAUUUCUUGAGCCAUUUUGUCACUUGGAAGAAAACAGUGUACCUUCUAUAUUUAUUUAAAGAAGGAGUGCUCAAGGCCACACCUAAUAGCAAUAAAUAGGUCCAGCCAAAAUAUUACUGGCUAUUAGCUGGGAGUGCUCUCUAUAAGCUGAUUAAGGUACUGAUAGGAACGUUUUAUGCUUAAUAUUGGUAUUGAUUGGGGAUUGGGACUUUGUUUUUGUACAUUUAUUUCAGAUGAGGAGGAGGCCAUUUAUUUCUCAAAAAAAGGAGUAUUUAUUAUUGUCUUACUGCUUUCUUUUGAUAUAUACCUCUCCUCCUCAAUUCAUUCUUAUGUUUUUUUCCUUUUUCCUUUGCCUUUUGCCUUUGCCCUAUCCCAUUCUUUUUUAAUUUUGUUGCAUAGAUAGAGUGCUAUAUGGCUAGUAUUGUGUUGUAUGUAAUUAAUUUUGCACAAAGGCAAACAUUUAGAAUAGUAGGUUAAGUUUGUUUUUAUGACCAUGCCAAAAUAAGAUUCUGGGCUGGUGGAGAACAAAGGACUGUUCUUAGGACUGAAACUUGAUUUUGCUUGUAGUAAAAAAAGAAAAAAAAAAGGAGAAGAAAAAAAUGAAAAGAAAGAAAGAAAAAAAAAGAAAACACACACACAAAUACAACAAAAACACACACUCACAGAUGUUGUUUCGUAAGUGUUAUGAGCACUGGAUAUAAAUGGUAUUUUUUAUCACUUCUGACUAAUGUGAAACUGUUGUACGAAAACUACAUGAACAAAAGUCAUCUGUUUCGACUCGUGUGGGCUUGCCUCACAGUUGCCGGAUUUGAGUCAUUUUUAUGUCUUGUUAUUUCAUUUAUUUAUGCAAAAUACAUGUGUGUAUGAACACUUUGUUUUAGCUCCAGCUCUGCCUCAGUACUGGGGUUCAAUUACUUCUAGCCAUGUUCUUAAAAAUGAAAGGCUAUUCAGGAAUGUUCUGAUUGUAAGUGUUUCUUUCAUUGGGUCAAACAGUGAUGCUGUAUUUGAAUCUAAAUUCUGUGCAUAAGCAGUUUAUUCUAUUUAUUAGCCAAGUUUGGCUCUAAAUAUCCAUGGAAAUUAAGAAUGACAAUCAUACGGAUCACUUCAUUUUCUUUUCAGUGGGGCUUAAACAAAGUUUUUGUGACUCUACCAUCUCAUUUUAGAAUUUUCUAAAUGUGUAAAUAUAACAUAGAAAUAGAAUUUAUUUUUGGUUCAUGAAUACUUAGAUAUAAGUUAUGUAUUUCCUUUUUGUUCUCUAUCCAUUAAUGUCAGUCCAGACUAGAAGUUGACAAGUCACAGCACCUCACAGGGGUUAUGAAUUAUCAGCCACAGAGAGCGAGUCCUGCCCAGAGCUAGGGUCGUAAAACCCUGCACUGGGGUUCAUCUGCAGUGUAGAAAGCACUGGCCACAGACUCAGACUUUCACUUCUUUUUUUCACAGAGGUCAAUGAAUUGAAUAUGCUAGAUCUCCAGUACAGCUGAGAGAGUCACUCUGCUCUGUGACUCUAUCAGAAUCUUCCACGUUAGUUCUGUGAUCAUGUAAUAGUGCAAAGCAUGAACGUCUUUAGAAAGAUGAAAUUUCCCUUGAAGAUUGGCCAUUAAAUAAAAAGUCUUACCAUGCCCAUAAGGUAAAGGAUAUUCGUCUGCUUCAUUUUUUCUUUUUCUAAGCGCUCCCUAGUUCCUUGCAUUUUUGAAUCAGAGACGAAGGCUACUUCCAUUUUAUUAAAAGACCUUCCAGGAUCAAGAUUGGCUGAAAACAGACAAUCCUCUUUUUUUUUUAUUUUUUAAUUAUUUUUUUUUUUUAAAAAAAAGGUACCCGGUAGACUAGGGUAAAGGGAAGAGGGAAAGGGAGAGAGGAAGGAAAGGUCACUGCGGGCAGAGCAGUGAGCAGGUGAUUCUGUCACUGGCAGAAACCCUGCGGCCUCUGUUCCAGAAGGUACCACAGCUUUGUUGUUUUCACACGUAUCCAACGCAAGCUUUGAGGAGUACAAUCAGUUUGCUUCACUUGGCAUUUGAUACUCCUUCUCCUCAGGCUUGACAGAAUUUGCCAGGGUCCUGAUACCAACUCCCAGGCCAAGUUCUAAAUUCAGGUGUGGUCUCACAGUGCAAUGGAGCGGGUCAAAUUCUAGCCUCUGAAUCGCAAUGCCGCCAGCUACCCCUGAGCCCAGGGCGUUUUCGGAAAAGGGCACCAUCACUGGAGGGUUGUGUCUAAAGGCUUCUUAGUUUUUUCUGAAGAAGUCAGGAUACUUCCCUAAAGCACAGCUUCCCAGACCAGGCUCACGGGCACGAGGUAAAAGGAGGGGUGCAUUCCAGAAGACCUCUCAUCGUCCAGAGGGAAGGCAGGCUGGUCAUCUGAGCACCCAUAAUAGAGGCUGCAUCUCUUAGCUACUUCACUUUGCAAAGAGGUGACCUUCACCUAUUCGUUAAGAAAAAGGAAAAUUAAUUUUGUCGUUUUUAACCAUAUGAGAAGUCUUGUACCAAGUGCCAGCAACUGCAAAGGAUGCAGCUAGAGGAAUGUAUUGAAAUUGUUACUGGGUUCUUCCUUUUCAAGAAGAAAAUGACAAAAAAAAAAAUUGGUUGCUGUAGUCUUCUCUGAUUUUGUACAUGCUUGUCUUAGGACUGAGUUGGCACUUAAGCUCUCUUCUCAAAGUAUAAUAAUAUUGUAUGACCUCAUUUGUCCCUUUACAAAAGCACUUGCAUCAUUUCCUUAAGUCAUCUGCCCCUGAUAUGUUUUUCUCCUUAAUAAACAACUUCUAUCUGUUAUUCUUGAUGAUUAUGUUCUGUUUCUGAUGCCCUAUCCUCUUGAGCAUGACCCUCUGCUAAUCUGCUAAUAUCAGUGAAGAUAAGCUAAUGAUACGCGAAGUUUCUUUUCAUUCCCAUCCUCUCUUUUCCUUUGGGGACAGAUUUACUCUCCAAAUGCUCCUGAACAAGUACCUAUUGGGAGAGCCUGUGCCUCUGGGGGCAGGGGCUGAAAGUGGGUGGGGAAGGGCAAAAAAGGUAAUGCUUGGUGCAGAUACUCUUCGAAUUGAUGUGGCAAUAUAAAAGCUUAAAGGCAACUCAGUGACCUGUCUUGCUCUCAGUAGUUUCUUAUUCCUGAAGAACCACAAGCAUAGAGUAAGGCUUCCGUGCUGGCACUCUUGGAGUCUGGGGAAUGUGCAAAUAUUGAACUGUUUUGUAUGCUGCACAUUGCAGAUCUGCUCAUGUGCAUUCUCCGUUUGUCUUCCUUUGUCAUAUGUGUUUUGGCUUUUUUAAGUUUUAUUUUAUUUUUGGAAAGUGCAGUCUUUUAUUGUACCUUUCUCCAGCUUGUAGCCUACUAGAAUGCUUAGCAUUUAUGUUCAUCCAUUAUUGUAUUUGCCAUGUAAAAUUUUUAUUACCUUAGACAAGCUUAUGAGCUGUUACUACAUAACUUAUCUUACUGUAUGUAACUCUUUGAUUUCCAGACAUUGUAAUUUGUUUGUGAUGUAUAUUGUGAGAUUGUAUUCUAUGUUAAUUUAAUCAGCACAAUUCACUGACAUGCUGGACUGACAUGCUGGCUGCUGUUUCAAAGUGUAAAGUUUGUGUAGGGCUGUCGGGACAACUGCAACUCUUGUUGUCAAGGUACUGUGCUUCGGUUCCUCUAGCAACACUGCCAAUGUGGACCUUGAGAAGCUAGGGGCAUUGACUACACUCUCCAGCAAAUUUUAAAUGCAGAUUUUCUUUGUAGAAAUUCUAUGUAUAAUGCAGGUACCUAUGUGGCCCAUGGCUGGUAACUAUUUGGUCAAUUAGAAAAAAAAACAUAAAAACUAGUGUCUAUUGCUGCUUUGAAUAUGUUUGAAAGUCUGAAAAUGUAAAUAGUUUAUCAAAAAAAAAAUCUUGUACAGUCCAGUGUAAAGUUUUUAAAUGACCUUAAGGGUUGCCAUCACAUCUUUCUCACACUCUCCUCUUGAUAACAAGAAAAGAGUUUGCUAAGGAUUAAAAUGACAAUAGGAGGGGGGGAAAAGAGAUGAAUCUCUUCAAAUGCGAAGGAAUGAGUCCUUGUUCUUAGCUUUGUUGCAUACACAAACUUCUUGGAUUUUGUUGUGCAGUAUUGACGUGAGAUACAACUCAACAUUGAAUAAUCUCGGUGGUACUUUUCGACGUCUUCCCCUCCUCUGCCUCAUAAUAAAGGGAAAAGACAAAACUGAAAGACAUGCUGUCUUUAUCUCUCCUGGUGUAUGUUGGCACCUUAGCUACUUUUUUUUUUUCCUUUUUGCACAAGGUGCUUUCCUGAUAUGUUAAACCUGCCAUCUUUGGGUGAUAAUGUAUAUGCCAUGAUGGGGCUUGGGCCCCUCAGGGGAGUGUCUAUAAGAACUGCCUAUUUAUGCUCAUUUACCUCAAGACUGUCCUCUCUACCCUUAAUCUAGUCGUCAUCACUCCAUCUUUUGUACUGCUGUUGACACUUACAAAUUAAAGAUAAAUUUUGUUUUAUGA